AUGAUCCAAGAUCUGAAGACUCCUGGAACCACUCCUAUUUCUGGUACCCCGGAACCAUCUCCACUGAUGGACAAGAAGGCACUGAUGGCUGCAGAUAGUGACACAAUCUCCAGGAACACAUUAAGAAUGCCUCCAGCACCUCCAACCCGGGCACAUCCCAGUCCCCUAGUAGAUAUGUUCAACUAUCCAGAAGCUACCCAGAAGCCGGCAUAUGACCGGAUAAAAUCAUUACCAGGUGAAAAUGAGGAGAGCAGUUUGCCUCGGUCUAUGUCUAUGGCCACAGGGCUGAACAUAAUGAAGAGGACAAAGGUCAGAACAAUCUUUCCUCAUACUGGAAACAACAAGACUUUACUAAGCUUUCAACAAGGUGACAUCAUUACUCUGCUUAUCCCAGAAGAGAAGGAUGGGUGGCUGUACGGAGAACACGACACAACAAAACUCAAAGGCUGGUUCCCAUCAUCCUAUUCCAGACCAUUGGAAGAGAAUGGAAGAGAAGCAAUACAGGUGCCAAGCAUGAAUCCCAGUCCCGUCCCAGUGAGAAGUCUCAGCUCAGCCAAUCUUGUUGAGAAGAAUAGCAUGGUUCUUCCUGAACCAGACUACUUAGACUCCUCUUCACUGAGCAGCUCAAGUGACCGUGAAGCUUCCUUCACUCCAUCUUUUGCCAAAGAAACUGCUUCAAUCUCUAGUAAUGAUUCUCCUAAACCAGCACAGAAACCAACACCCAAUGGGGUUAUGAAACAUCCAUACCUAAGUGGAGAAAAUCCAUUCGCUACUGUCAAGCUCCGACCUACCGUCACAAACGACCGAUCAGCACCAAUCAUUCGAUAA